ACAGGAAGAUAUAGUGAUGAAGCCGAAAGUUGAAAACAAGUAUGACUGUGGUGAGGAAUCGAGUACUAGACGACCCAAUUUGGUUGAUGAUGAUACCUUACAGCGUUUGGGGGUUGAGUGCAAGCGGGUGCACAAUGUGCUUCUAUCAAUGCCUAUUGAUACUGAUUACUUUGAAUUGGAAUUAGAUUCUAAUGUCUUUCACCAUACCAACGUGAGAAGUAUUUUUGUUAUGAUGGAUAAUAUUAAGGACUUGUUAACCAUGAAAUGACUUGAUGUAUCCAUUAUACAAGUCUUUAUAAUGUAAGUUUGUAUAUUUAUUAAUUUGAAAAUUUUAAUUAAUUAUUAAUGUAUUACUUAAUGAUAUUAAUGUAUUACUUAAUGAUUUUUCAGGUAUCUUCACAGCAAUCAAUUUGGGACUGACUCAGUUGGAUUUUUGUGUCCAACACAGAUAGCAAAAGCCACUCUUGAUUUCAACUUUAAUGUUGUCACUGCAUAUAUUGCAAAUGCUAUGGUCACAUUGAAGGACAAGACAUUAAUUUUAGCACCGUACCAUCAAUCAGACCAUUGGUUGCUUCUAGUGAUUAAUGUUUGUUCGAGAAUAGUAUAUGUCUUUGAUCCUAUAAAAUGUGACCGGAAUAUAGAACUCAAGCCUGCGGUGAACAUGGCAUUCCGAUCAUAUAUGAAUCAACAAGGACAAAGAGCAAAAAGUCUUUUCAACUUUAAACAUGUAAAGUGUGCUCAACAACCAGGUGAUUUUGAGUGUGGAUAUUACGUUAUGAAGUAUAUGCACGAACUGUGCACAAAAUAUUUCACAUUCACUUCUUUGGAUGAGGUACAUAUAAACUGAUAUAAAAUAAGUAUUUGGUAAUAAUUGAAUUAAUUAUAACUGAUUACUAAUAUAAUUAAUAAU